AUGAUUUUAACCCUACUAAAUUGCGAAAAAGAAAUAUUAGAACCAGAGAUUGUAGGGCUUUACCCUAAAGGGAGCCCUUCCAGAAAUUCUCGACGGCCAAGGGAGACCCAAAGCCGAGGAGGGGGUUUGGAAAUAGUUUUCAACCAGCAAUUGACGCGCCUCGGUUAUUACCUCAUUAGCUGCGUCAUUGCCCCAAGCGCAAAGAUACUUUUUUUCAUUUCCACAACCCCCGUCUUUUAUAUCCCAACACCCCUCCCCCUUUCAUACCCUCCUCCGAUGUGGGAUCAAUCACAAACUCAAAACUUCUUUCACAGCCAUUCAAUUUGCUUUUGA